AUGUCCAGGUUGAUACCCCCGGUUGAGCACAAGCAAAACACGCGCGUUGGGGCUCCAGAAUGGCGCGAGGCAGCCCAGGCCAAGAUGCGGAAGGCACGGCGGCUGACCAACCGCUGCGGGCAGGAGGCGGUGACCAUGUGGCAACCCAAGGACAGUGUGUGGGACCCGCAUGUGGCGCGCCACCUCCGCCGGGCUGCCUACAUUCAGCCCUGGCGCUUCCAGGUGGAGAUGAUCAAAGGCGGCAGCACCUUGGAGAAGCCGCCGCCGGGCGAGGGCGUCACGCUGUGGCGGAGCAAGAUGAAGCCGCCGGCUUGGCACGCUCGUCUGCCGCUGCCCCUGGAACGCGACGCGCGUGCCCAGCAGACCGCCGAGUUGGUGCAUGCGCACGCGCGAGGAGCGCGCCUCACCGCCGCCCGCCUAGAUCACGCGCAGCAGCAAAUCAAUGGGCAAGUGCGGCUGCUGCUGCGCCAACGUGAGGCUACUGACCAUAGGCUCAGCGAGGUGCGCAAGGGCCUGCUGAUUAACCAGCAGAGUGUCAAGCUUCGGGGCUACCGGCCCAAGUCUGAGAAGGUCCCUGAUAAAGCUGACAGUAUGCUUACCUGGGAGAAAGAGGAGUUAAAGAACAUGAAGAGGAAAAUGGAGAAAGACAUGGAAAAAUCAGAGGCCAUGCUCAAGACCCUGGCCUCCUGCCGCAACACUCUGGCCUUCUGCGGCAAGGAGAGGCUCCAAGCUGUGGACUUAAUGAAUAAGCCACUGGACAAGGUUCUGAAGCUGGCUGGCCGCCACUCUUGGGUGAACCUCUCCCGCGCCCAAACCCCAAGCACUCUGGGUCAGAAAACACCGCCUCCAGACCCCCUGGGGACGUAUCCACCAGAGUGCGCCACGGCGCUGUAUGAAGCCAAGCGACUGUUGAUGGAGUCCAAGGACACCUUGCAAGAAAUGGCAAAGAACGAGGAGGACAUCCGGGAACAACAGCAGCAGAUAAGGGAUCACGUGUGUGCCUCACUGGCCCAAAAGAUGCGCGAGACCACUGAGCUAAAGGAAAAAAUGAACAUGACCUUAGGACUAAUGAGGGGAACUAUCCACCGGUGCACGAAAUUCAACCAGGAGAUGUACAUCACCCGCGGCCUCAUCAAGGGUCCUCUGUCAAAAAAUCACCUGGAAACUCGAGAGAAGCUGGACAGACCCCUGGUUCGAGUGUACCAGAGACACGUGGGUACCCAACUCUCUGAGGCCGCGCGCCUCGCUCAGGGCACUGACAAGCUGCAGCGCCACAUCUCACACGUGGAAAAGAACCUGGAGGAGCUGCUUGCCACGCAGGAAAAGCUCAACUGCAGCCUCCACUGCAAGAAGACUGGACAUGACGUGGACUACAACGUGGUGCGCCUGCGCCUCCGCCAGCAGCACCCGCACGUGUACUACCAGCAGGCGCAGGCCCUGGUCAACGACUGGGACCCGCCCACACCGCCUCCACGCAAGUAG